AUGUGGACCUUCUCAUCUCAAAGACACCUUCUCCGCACAGUGUUUUCACUAGCAACAGUGUAUAAUGUUGCCUUUGGAACGCCGAUUGACCAACAUCUCAACUGUGAAAGCCACCAAUAUCCUGGUCCCAUCAACCCAAAUUUUGAAACAGGAAACCUCAAUGGCUGGACAGUAGUCAGCGGAGAUGCAUUCGGCAACGCUUCAGUUACCAAUUUAGUCUCAUACUGGGGCGGGCCUUUCAAUCAAGUCGGCCAUUAUUUUCUGUGGGGAAUUGAACAAUCUGAUGAUGCGGCUAUUGGACAAAUUAAGUCAAGCUCCUUCAAAGCAAGCUCGUAUAUGAGCUUUCUGGUCGGUGGAGGCUACGAUCCUGUCAAUCUCUAUGUUGGCCUAGUGCGAGACAGUGAUGGCAGGAUGCUGCUCAACCAAACUGCCACAAAUGAUGAAGCUCUUAUCCGUAUCAUCUGGGACACCAACGCCUGGGCCGGUGAGACGGUUCACAUCCUUGUCUAUGACAAUAGUACUGCUACUUCUUGGGGUCACAUCAACCUUGACGAUGUUCGAACAGGCUGCUCUGCUCUUGGAGAUGAUGGUCUACAUUUCAAUGUGCUUGGCCUGGCCAACCAGCCAGCGGUUGGGAGCAUGCCGACUUGCGAGAUUUACGCGGCUGAUCCACUGCGACAACAAUUUCACUACACGCCCUAUCAAGGGUGGAUCAAUGAUCCUGCCGGCCUCAUUCAAUGGAAUGGACGCCACCAUCUGUUUAGCCAGUUCAACCCUGCUGAGCCUCUGUGGGGGCCGAUGCACUGGUCUCACGCUGAUAGUGCAGAUGCUGUGCACUGGACUCCCCUACCAGUUGCUCUCUACCCGCCCUAUCCAAACAACCCAGCGGAUACAAGCGGCCGCUAUACGGGUAGUGCCGUGCUCGAUAAGGAUAACAAGGGUGCCCUUCGUCUCAUUUUCACGGACGCCACCGACAUAGCUUUCCACCCUGACGCGGUGCCCGAGGUCGUUUCGACGGCUGCUAGUUUAGAUGGCAUCCAGUUUCCCCUUGACCCUCACAAUCCAGUCAUUUCGAGCGCGCCUGCGGAUAGCCCCAGUGGAUUCCGUGAUCCCAAAGUCUUCUGGGAUGCUAUGGACGACAGUUGGAAAUUAGUUGUCGGAUCCGGUGACAAUGUAACUGGAAAGGUUCAGCUUUACAAUACCACGGACUUUCUUUCAUGGAACUAUAUGGGGGUUCUUACCGAGGGAGACGGUACCACUGGAACGAUGUGGGAAUGUCCUAACUUCUUCCCCAUUGGUGACAAAUGGGUUUUGUUCUACGGAGGUGAUAAUCUAGGCUGGUACGAAGUUGGCACCUAUAAUGGUACUAAGUUUGUCAGCGAAAAGCUCGGCCUUGUCGACUCCGGCCCGGAUAGCUAUGCCAUGCAGUGGUACAAAGAUGACGCUGGUCGCAAUCUCGCUAUCACAUGGAUGGGUAACUGGGUUACCUCCAAAUGGCCCAGCCGCGUUAACGGCUGGGCUGGCCAGCAGUCUAUCACUCGGGAACUUUUUAUUCGCGCGGAUGGUGGUCUUGGUAGCAGGGCUAUCCAGGAAGUGGAGACCCUGGCGAGCGGCUCGACUAUCACAAUGAACCACAAGAGGAUCAGUAGCGCGGUCACGUUGGGAAGCAUGAAGACCGCCCGACUUCAAAUGACAGUCGAUUUGGCUUCGACCAAGGCCUCUGCCUUUAGCAUAAAGAUGUUCUCAUCCAAAGCGGAAUCCGCGCUGGUCACAUACGAUAUCGCCAACAAGACAUUAGUUCUCGACACGACUGACGCAGGCUAUGGUCAGGCAGGAACUUGGGAUGCCAUGAUUGACGUCUCAGAUGACAAGCAGCUGAGCCUUGACAUUUUCAUUGAUCGUUCCAGCCUGGAAAUAUUUGCGGACGAUGGGACUGUCUUCACGGCUACUAUCUGGCCACGGUAUCAAGAGUCCACGGACAUUAUUGUUGCGGGCCAUGGAGGCGUUGUGACUUUUGAAGAGAUCAAACUCACGCCUAUGGGUUCCAGCUGGUGCUAA